AUGCCAGAAAUUAUUUUCUUGAGAGACUUGUUACGACAGGCGUUAAUAGCACCAAUUGUUAGUGCUCCUAUAGUUCACACAGUGGGGACAGGAAUACAGGGUAUUCCUAUGUCUAAUAUUAAAGCUACUAUUGGCACAGUACCAACAUCUGCGAAGGAAAUAGCAUUAUGGCUUAAUGAAAAAACACAUGCGUUAGAUGGGGUUUACCCAACUCAAACUGCAGUUCAGAGACAGGGGCUAGUAAAUGCAUUACUGCCCUCUGGACUGUCAAUUACACAAGCUGAAGCUGAAAACUGGGAUAUUGUAAUAUCCACUCUAUAUGAAAAGACUUAUGGCAAAGUGACGAUUUCUACACUGUCAGACACACUGGCGGGAGUGAAUACAAAGUCAGGGAUUAUAGCAGCAUAUAAUUUAGGGAUGAGAUUCACAAGCAGAAAUCAUUCCAUGGUUUGGGGUUGCUUGAAACCACUAGUAAAAGGUCAAGCAUUAAUACUUGACAUAGAAAGAAGGUUGCAUGGAUUGACCGAAAAUGAGAAAAGUGAUAGAAUGCCUGAAAUCCUAAGGAGCACAUACACACUUUUAGGUAAGGAUCUUACAGGAGAGGGGUAUAAAAGCAAAGAAAAAGCAGGAAACAAAGAUAGGAAAAGCAAUGCAGCAUUUACCCCUAGAAGAGACAGGCAAAAGCAAGAUAGGAGAAGUUCUACAUUCAUAAAAAGGGAAUCUAGACCAUCUACAUCUAUAGAUGGAACUAACAGGGAUUAUUCUCGUCCCUCAUAUAGGACAUAUCAAAGGGAAAAAGAACAGACUACAGAGAUAGAUCGUACUGAAAGAUAUCAGUCAACUUCCAAAGGAGAAGCCCCAAGAUAUUUAGAAUUUCCUGGAUAUAGCGGAGGAUAUAGAUUGAGACCAAGGGUUAAAGGCCCAGACAAAUACGGAGGAUCCCCAGGACAAGUCAGGGAUAGAGACAGAACAGGACAAGAUAAAAGUUCUACUACCCCAUCAACAUCCUCACAUCCUCCAACACAUCCUCCAGCAACAACCAGAAAGAUACAAAAAAAUAAAGAAAACCGAGAAUCAAAACCCAGAGCAAGAAGAAAAUCAGGAUGA